UUCCGUCUCCUUUCUUUAGCACGUCUGUUGUUUAACUAUUUAAAUUUUUCGUGAGCCAAAUCUCCUUUUGUCUACAGAUAUGUUUACAAACAAAGUAUUAGCGUAAUUUAUGCUUGCAAUGCUACAUACACGCAGUAACAUGCUUCGUUUGCUAUAAACUGAACAAUAAAAUCAACUUCAACACCUGUAUACAACGUAGCAGAAACGAUACGGUAGAAAAGUGAUUAUCUUCAUUUAUAUGUUUUAAAAGAAUGCCCCGUAUCUUUGUCGUGUUAGUUUGUUUUGUAGAGAUUUUGGCUGUUGUGUUCUCUUCAAAUCAUGAAGGAAAAUCAAAGACACUAAAAAACAAUUUCGUUUCUUCGUACGAACGUACAAAAAAACCGCCAUCGAAAUCUUCAGGAUCAGAUGGACAAAGAUUUCAACCAUUUCCUUCUAACGAGCCUGACGAGGAUGCAUUGCUAGUGAAAAUUUCCCCGGAGUAUCAGUACAAAGAGGAUUUACUAAAUAACAAUGAUCGUCGUCAUCAUCGCUUUGAUAAGCUAACUUCAAAGGCUGAACAAGAUAAAAGAAUACAACAGAUCCCAGAACUUGCGAGAGAAAGAUUAAAGGCAAAAUCUAUAGAAAACUUAAACAUAAUGCUACAAAAUACUUUACCUGAAUACAAGUAUGAUCGUGAAGAAAGAGGUCCUGGCUUCACAUACAAUGGCUGCGUGGAUCUAGAUUCAGAUUGUAAGUAUUACGAAACGGACGGUUUGUGCAGCGACAGUCCCUACUUUGCUAUGAAACGCUACAACUGCAAGAAAACUUGUGAAAUAUGUACAUCCUUGACAUAAAUCAAUUUCAUGUUAAAGAAAGAAAGCAGUACUUUGUCAAUCAGAGACACACACAGACUCUUAGAGUUCCAACAUGUUUUGCAAGACAACAAUAAGAAAAUUAUGCCAUUGUUAACAAGAAACUGUCAUGAAUAUGGAAAAGUAACUCUUCAAAAGGUUAUACUAAAAACAGAAGGACAACAAAUAGUUUAAUUCUCCUAUGUUUUUAUGAAACAUAAAAAUUCCCGAAUAUAAAUGUAAAAUACAAUGUUAAGAUCUUGUCACUUCACAUAUCAUCAUAGCAAGCACCAGUGAGCUUUGUCCUUAUCUAUCCUUUCUAUCCAUAUCAAUCCAUAGUUAUCCUUAUUUGUUCAAUACCAAUCCAUUAUUCUUAAUUAAUAAGAUAAAAUGUAUGUAUCACUGCCCAAAA